ACGGUAACUAUCGCUUCGUCCCGUUUGAGGCACAUGAUUUCCCGUAGUUACGUCAUCGUGUGGAAACUGUCGAGUGGCAAGAUGGCUACCGAACCAAACAAGACUGAAAUUCUUACGAUUUUCAAACGACUGAGGUCUAUUCCUACCAACAAGGUGUGUUUUGAUUGCUCUGCAAAAAACCCUAGUUGGGCGAGCAUUUCAUAUGGCGUCUUCUUGUGCAUUGACUGCUCUGGAAUUCACCGUUCCCUCGGAGUGCACCUCAGCUUCAUCAGAUCCACCGAAUUAGAUUCCAAUUGGAACUGGUUUCAGCUUAGGUGUAUGCAGGUUGGAGGCAAUGCCAAUGCAACUGCAUUUUUCCGCCAGCAUGGCUGCACCACAAAUGACACCAAUGCCAAGUAUAACAGCCGAGCAGCACAAAUGUACAGGGAGAAGAUUCGACAGCAAGCAAACGCUGCACUCUCUAAGUAUGGAACAGAACUAUGGAUUGACUCGUCUGGGGGAAUCACUGCAGCAGCUCCUGAGAAAAAAGAACAAGACUUCUUUGCAGAACACACAGAGUCUCGUAAUGACUGGAGCAUGAAGCCAGCAUCAGAAUCCGAGCAGAAUGGAGCCACUGUUGUGCAGCUGAGGGAGACCAUGGCCAAAAGCCAAGAUGACAACCCGCCAGAGGAAGGACCGAGCAUCGAUGGUUUGAGCACAUCACCGAAAGUUACUCUGGGGGUAAAGCCAACCAUAAUUGGGAAGAAGCCAAUGACUGCCAAAAAAGGGCUGGGGGCAAAGAAGGGCCUCGGUGCCCAGAAGGUGAGCAGCAAGAGUUUUUCAGAGGUGGAGAAACAAGCUCAAGUGGCCGAGAAGAUACGGGAGGAGCAGGCAGCCGAGGCAAAAAAACAAGCAGAGGAGUCCAUUGUGGCUUCCAUGCGUUUGGCCUACAAAGAGCUGGAGAUCGACAGAAAGCUUGAGGAAAAGAAGCUGAACAACCUGGAGGGCAAGAAGCGGGAGCAAGCCGAGAGACUGGGGAUGGGCAUGGGCUUCGGGAACAGGAGUGCUGUGUCACAUUCAGUGAUGUCUGAGAUGCAGGUGAUUGAGCAGGAAACCCCAGUGGGAGCAAAGACUUCGACUCGUUCCAAACUUGAUAUGUUUGAUGAACCCGGUUUCACCUCUGGACCCCCUAAAUAUAAGGAUAACCCGUUCUUGGUGGGUGACAGUUUUGGAUCACGCUGGGAUACCGACGGAGGGACCGCUUCUUUUAGUACCUCGUGGGCGCUGGAAAAAGAAGAACCUAAAGAGGAAGUCACCAUCUCAAGUAUUCAGCCAAUUGGAGAGAGACUUCCCAGUCGAAGAAAAGCCGAGGUGUCCACCCCAGUGUCGGAGUCGAGUGAGGCCAGGCAGAAGUUUGCAAAUGCAAAGGCAAUCUCUUCAGACAUGUUCUUUGGUCGUGAAAGUAGUGCUGAGUAUGAAGCAAAGAGCCGACUGGAGGGCAUGUCUGGAAGCACGGCCAUCAGUUCAGCAGACCUGUUUGGAGAUGACAGUGACCAUAAAGGGCGCUCAUCGGGCUUUGACAGCGUCCUUCCUGCCGGUCCAGACAUCACCCAGUUCAAGCAAGGAGUGAAGACUGUAGCAGGCAAGAUGGCCGUCCUUGCCAACGGGGUCAUGAAUACCAUUCAGGAUCGCUAUGGUUCCUACUAAGCAGCCUGAAGAGACUGGCAGCUGGGGGCAGCAAGAACUACAAGCCAGACAACUGGCCUCGUUUGACAGGUGCAUUUGGCCAGCGAUGAAACUAGGGAUGGGUACCGUUCAUAUUUGAACCGGUUUUGUACAGGUUCUUGGUACCUGGUGAAUGACAUCAGCACUCAACCCAUUUUUGCUGCUUUUGUUUGUGUUAGUAAAAAGAAUAGUACAAACAAAUAAUUUUUAAAAAAUCAAUAUAAAAUUUGACACAUAAAAUAUGAAUUUAAAACGGAUGAGCCAAAGAAGAUGAAGUAAAAGUAAAGAGAUAACAUUUCGUGUAAAUAAUAAAAACAAGUGAGAUCAUAAAAUGCACAAAUUGAUAUCACAAAAUAUAGUGUGAAGCAAAGUUCUUUACAAUAAACAAUACAAGGAAGCAAUUUAAACAAGGACUGAAACAAAUAAUUGUAUUAGUGUUAUCUUUGUUUCUUGUGCAGUUGUUUAACUGAAAUAGAGCCAAAAAAAUGACAGUUGGAAAAGGAUGGGAGAUCAAAGAGGAGUAGCGGUCCCGCCCGCUUCCAAACCCGGAAAUGUAUUUUUAGCGUGUGUGAAAUCCUCCCAGACUUGUAUAUGAAUGGACUAUCAAUAGGCCCCAGAGGACAGCCAUCUUACAUUCCCAGCCCCACUGUUACUGACAAUGUCAGUUUUAUGCUAGGAUAUUCUUAUGGGGAAAAAAAAAAAGAAUCUCAAAUGUUUGCAUCGGCCAUUGGAUACCUCAGAAUCAUGAAUUGUGACUGACUGUAUGAUUACAUUUCUCUGCAAAUUUUGUCCUGAUGGGCUUUACCUUCAUUUCAGUGUUGAUGAUUCUGACAGCCUGCCAACAAACUUGAGUAGAACGAUAUACCUUAAGAAAAAUUGUACAAUUACAUUUUUACUGGUGAAAUUUACAUUUAGCACUUCUUCCAUAGAUACAACCAAUUAACCAUACAGACAGAAAAUAACCUAAAAUAGCGAUUGGCGGUGUAAGAUGGCCACUAGUGGCUAAACUUCUCUCGAUGGCAAGUAAACGUCACGUUAGUCCAUUAAUAUAUUAGUCCAUUAAUAUAUUAGUCCGUGGAAAUCCUGUGUGAGUGGGUGACGUCAUCACGCUGGUGUUGGUACACUUCUGCGUUCAGUUGUGCCAUGGAGAAAUUGCCAACUCUUCUGCUCCCCUACAAUUAUAACUAAAUUGCUACCGUUGGAUUUCAUAUGAUAUCGUAUAUUUCAUGUUUCAUAUUUCAUAUCGAUAGUACUGACUCAAAAUAAUCCAUACCCUCCCCCCCCAAAAAAGUACAAUGUGCGGUACCCAUCCCUAGAGGAAACGAGAGAGAGAAGUGAAGCUGAAAGCAUUGCAUGAAGAAAGAAAAUCUUCCUUCUCACUCCCUACCUGUUGAGAGACUGUUGUUGGAGUGAGUCACUAAUUUGCUCUCUCAACAUUUGAGUUAAUAUUUCAAUAAAGAAAACCAUGUGUGGUUGUAGUGUAUCUGAAGCAAGAGUUGUAUCUACAGUUGAACAUUUUUGAGUCUUAGAUUUUCAAAAUUUGUCAGAGGUAAUUCUAUAUUUUCUUUGAUUUCUGAUUAAUAUUAUCAAAUCCAUCUAUGUUUUGUCUUAUUUUGUCAUUGUGAUAUUAAAUAAAAGGUUCAACAAUAUAAUUUUAGUAUCACAUUGAAUUCAACAAUGUUCAGUGUUCAGGCAAAGUGUUUGUCAUUUUCACAAAGCACUGAAUGCCGCCGAUCUCCAGAAUCUAUGAGCUUGGACUUGUACAUUUCUGUCUGAUCAUUAAAAGUCUUAUAUCCUC